AUGGAUUUACUGGAAAUGUUUAGUCUUUCGCAACACGUUUCCGGCCCGACCCAUUUAUUGGGUCAUACCUUGGAUCUAAUUAUUACUCGUUUGCCGGAUGAUGUUGUUCUUGCUUCUCCUAAAGCUACUUUUCCCAUCUCUGAUCAUUUUAUUAUUCAGUGUCCUAUUGGCUUCCCGUGACCAGCUUUAUCAUGCAAAGAACUGACUUUUCGUAAACUCAAAAAUAUUGAUAUUUUCAAAUUCUCAGCUGAUAUUGCCUCUUCUAUGCUUUGUACAAGCGUACACUGGGACAACAUUGAUGCACUCUCCGACUGCUUUAACAUGACACUCACUGACAUUUUGGACAAGCAUGCUCCGCUUAAAACAAGGAUUAUGAUAAAUCGUCCAAAGAUCCCGUGGUUUAAUGCUGAUAUUAAACAACUCAAGCAUAAACGUCGUCGCCUUGAAAAGAAAGCCUUGAAAACUGACCUCCCUGGUGACUGGAAUAAUUACCAUAAAGUUCGUAAUCAGUACUCUGCACUUCUUUAUAUUCAAACCUAAUUGAUCAGUGUGCGGGUGACUCUCGCAAGCUAUUUCGUGUGGUUAAUUCUUUGUCCAGGGAACCACUUGAGAUGGCUCUUCCAGAGCACAAUGAUCCCACUAAGCUAGCAAACGAAUUUGGCACCUUCUUCCUCCAAAAAAUUGAAAUCAUAAAGGAAAAUCUUGACAAGUUUCAAGUUCAAGAGCCUCGACUUGCUCCUGUUACUACAAAGGAGAAUCUGGAGAAUUUUCCUUCGCUGUCCAAAGGAGAAGGGUGUUAG